CAAAGAUUCAUAUCGUUUCGAUGCUUCAGGGAGCUCUUUGGAAAGCAUCCAUUACUUCAAAGCAUAUCGUGAUCACAGAGACGACAUGUAUGCAACUCUAAAAUGUGCUCUUAAGCCUUUUGCAAGAAAUACUCUUGCAAAAAUGCACUACAGUUCAGGAGUGAGCAUCAGGCUUCUGCCCAGUUAUAAGUGCUCUUUUGAAGACCCAGUGCAUGUGACGGUGAGCGGCUUAAAUCCACAUCAACGCGUGGACCUGCGCUCCAAAAUCACGGAUGAAGGUGGACGUGAUUUCAAGGCUUUAGCGACCUAUCAGGCAGAUGACAGUGGCCAAAUUGACCUCAAGCGCGACUCUUCUCUUGGUGGGAGCUUUACCGGGGUUGAACCGAUGGGUUUAUACUGGGCUCUGAAAGCAGACACAAUAAGCUGCAAGUUUAAACUUAAAGAUGUGACGCGUCCAGCUCUUGUUGACAUUGAAGUUGUCAGUGAUGAUAAAGUCCUGGCCAAAGUGACCAACGAGAGACACUGCCUGACCGAUGGUGUCCGGAGAAGACCUUUAAAUGAAGACAGGAUCAGAGGAACUCUUUUUAUGCCACCUGGUAAAGGACCAUUUCCUGGGAUUUUGGAUACAUAUAUACUUAGAGGAGGUCAUUUUGAGUUGAGAGCAGCUCUGCUGGCAAAGAGAGGUUUUGCUGUUUUAGCCUUGGCCUACCAAAAUUACCAAGAUUUACCCAAAAGUUCUGACAAAUUUCACCUUGAGUACUUUGAAGAAGGUAUAGAUUUCCUACGGCAACAGCCAGAGGUGAAAGGUCAAAAAAUUGGCCUAUUGUCUAUAUCAAAGAGUGGAGAUCUGGCUUUGUCCAUGUCAACAUUCCUGCCUGAUAUAGCAGCUACUGUUUGGAUCAAUGGAUGCAAUGCCAACAGUGUAGUCCCACUUUACUACAAAGAUAUGUAUAUUCCACCUCUGACACUUGACUUUAAGAAAAAAAAAAUCACACCAUUAGGCCUUGUGGAUAUGCUAGAUGUUGUGAAAGACCCGAUGUCCAAAGAAGGUCUUCCUAGUGUUAUCCCCAUUGAGCGUGCCCCUGGUAGAUUCAUGUUUAUAGCAUCAGAAGCCAACAUGAAUUGGCGAAGCGCCUAUCAUGCAAAAUUAGCAUGCGACAGACUCAAAGCUCAUGGAAAAAAAAACUAUGAGCUGGUAAAGUAUGAAAAGGCGGGUCAUUUUAUUGAGGUGCCCUAUAUGCCCUUUUGCUUUGCUAAUUUUCAUAGUGUACUUAAGCAACCUGUUUUAUUUGGUGGGGAACCUAAAUGUCAUUCAGAGGCACAGGUGGAUGCCUGGCCGAGGAUUAUCAAUUUCUUCAAAAAACACUUAGCAACUGCUGAUUACAAUCUCAGUCCUAUGCUGGAAGAGAACAUACAUGAAAUGUCACAGCAAUGACAUCCAAUUAUAAAAAGAUUGCUUAAUCUCAUCAAAUAUAAUGAGAAAUAGUUUCUGCAUAUUUGAAAAAUAGCAUGAAAAAAAUUGAAACUAAAAUUAUUUUAAAAAAUGUUUGAAGUGUUAUUUCACUGCUUCGCCACACUUUUGCAUUAUUAAUUAGGUAGAUUGUAUGGGUGCCAAAGGUCCUGGAUUUGGUUUCUCUGUCUUUUUUUAUCUUUAUUUUUGGCUUUCCUUAUGAAUGUUUCUAGCAAACUUUUUGAACUAGACGUGCAGUUAAAAGCAUCAAUAAGUAAUUAAUUACUGUAUGCACUUUUAUGUAUCAUCUCUGGGGUUUCCAAUAAAGUAGGUUUAGAUAUCUUGAGAUUAUGUGUCUUCUGUGUCAUUCUUUCUUGAAUUGUUCUUAAUCAAUUACCAACCUUUUGGUUAAUAUAAAGCGAUUUAGUCAAAUUAUUAUUUACCCGCAGUUUUGGUCACACAGAGAAAGUCAACAGGGUUUUCCAACUUUCCACAGGACGUUUUCUGUGUGCCAAAGAAAAAAUAAUAAUUAGUAUUUGAAACUACAUGAAUGUAAAUUAUGAGUUGUAGUUUUGGUUAAAGUGUCCUUUUAAGUUUGUGCAAUAUAGUAGCCAUGAAUUCAAUACCAUCAAUAUAUGAAAGCGAUUCAUCAGCAUGGAAAUAAAAAAAAGUUUCUGUGUAAAACUCCAGCGGUACUAACCCAUAAAGAAGACUUUAAGGAGUUCUUUCACGUUGAUUAA